AUGUCAAGCGCUCUUCUUUUAGUUUACGCCCUUUCCGAACCGGUUGCGAUUAUCCAACAACUCAAAGCAAGGGCAAUAACCGAAUAUAGUCGCGAGCAAAUAGUUCUAGGCUUCUACUUUGAGGGCACAAGUCGACUUUCAGUGCGCUGGCAUUCACCAACAAUAGACGAGACCAACAGAGCAAAAAACUUUCUACUGCGGCCAAAUCAGGACCUCGAGGAUGUUAUUAUCGCCGUUAUUAUCGCCUCAACCAAGGAAAACCUGUGCCUUCAAAGAAAUACAAGGCUGCGCAGACACAUACUGCAUGCCGGAUUUCCAUACGCUGAAGAAAAAGCAAGUCACACUGCAAACGAUAAGCCAGACGAACAUAGCAAUGAGGAGAAGAUUAGUGAAAAUGAUGGAUAUCGCGAGUUCGAGGCUGAAGACACUGAUAUACUACCAGCUGUUGCAGAUGAGAGCCUGACCUUUGCACAGGUCACACUACCAGGAUUGCCUCUGGCAAAGGCAUGCAAUAAUAUCAGUGAAGAACGCCAACUUCAGAAGUUACGAUCAUAUAAGAACAAUGAGAAGAGAGGAAUUUAUGAACUUCAUCCAGUACCAGUGCCAGUGAAGAUCAGUUUAAUAACACUUUCCAUUGGCCUGCACUACAAUUUAGAUCUAUCUACUUCACUUUUUAGCAGCCGCUACACAAGAAGGAUCCCUGUGUUCAGUCGCGUUCCGGUGCAACGACGACCAUUACGAGACCCGGACAAAGGCACCGCUUCAUGGAUAAAUGUUGUUGUAUUACUAAAUCUGCAUCACUUUUCAAUUCAUUUGUCCAUUCCUCUUGCCGGGCGGAGUGUGCCGGUCUGUUGGUCACCUCCGUUCUCGAUCAUCGAACAGUCUCGCACAAAGGAUUAUCGGAUCGCGUCAUCGGAUAUUGGUGGACAAAUCAUAAUUUCUGAGCCAAUUUCAGCAUCGAAGAGAUGCCAAUUUUCUCACGCAUCCACCAAUGUGCUCAGUAUGAAGUGGUUUGUAUGGAAGGACAUGAGCCGCGAUUUUCUUUUGUCACUCCAUUCUGGAGAUACUCUUAUUCUUUGGAACACAGAUAAUGGAGAGAAAAUCUGGUCUGUCUCAUAUAACGUCCCACUUUUUGAUCUAGCAAUCGAUCCUUUCGACCCGUGCCAUGCCUCAUUUUCCUCAUUAGGAUGCAAUAUUGCGUUAUGCUCUGAUAUCAGUUUCAAUAAUACUCCGUCAAGUAUUUGCCGAACUGUAGUGAUAUGCGAGGAACAGAUCAAAUCUGCCACAAGCAUACAAAACCUCGUCUAUCAUAAUGCUUACCGUAAUAUCCUCUUCGUUGUUACUCAAUCACAGGUGCAUUGCUUUCAUACCGAACUUUUUGCGGUGUUGUUUUCCAUGACGCACGAACCAAAUAUCAUUUCGUGGCUCUGCUGUUCUUCACGCGAUGCAAUAUUUUCCGUACAAGCUGGUGGGGCUGUCUCGCUAAGAGUUGGAAAAUUCUCAUCGAAUGAUGAAAGAGCAGAUGCACAGUUUGCGCUAGAGAGGAUCGCAUUCGGUUACAUCCAGCGUCAGGGUAACCAACAACGAGCUGUGGGUGCGUGUCUUUGUCCAGUCACUCAAAGCUUGCAGGAAUUGACAGCAAGGUUGAGGAUUAACAAGAAUCCCGAUGGGCCAAUCUUCCAGGUGUCUGAUUUUGGUUUGAAGGCAGAUCUAUUCAAGGCCGUUCCAGAGAUGAUUGCAGCUUUAUGAACCAAAUUCGCUCAAUCUCAUGCAGGCAUUUUAUUUA